AUGGUGAAGUGGGCCACUCAAUCGUUGAACGACUAUCGAAAAUGUUAUGUGAUCGCAAUCCUGCAAGUUCUUAUAUCAUUCGUUCCUGAGCAAAACUGUUUUCAUAUCAGUGGGUUUCUUGAUAUGCACCGCUCUGAAUGCCUUGAAAUACUUUCUCAAGUCAGAUCUCCCUAUUAUGAUAUGAAAGUCAAGGGAGGAUCUGCCCAAGGCAACAUCAUUUUUCAGCUCGUCCCUAUUUCAAGUGAUCUUGUAAGCGAGCUCGUCUCUAUUUUAAGUGAUAUUGAACGCGAGCAAUGGGAGCGUCAACGCCUUCAACGUUCUUUCGACACCACCCGAACUUCGGCUGCCAUACAAGCCAAAUACCACCAGCUCAAAGCUGCCCGACGAUAA